AUGGCAGCGUCGCAAGAAGUCGGUGCUUGGCAGACGGUAGCCCGGCGCAAAAAAGGCCCUCGCAGCAACAACCCCCACACAGCCGCGCGACAGUCCAAAUCCGGUCUCGACCAACCCGACGCAAGGUCAACAUCUGUCAACCAACCCAUCAUCAAGAACGGUCGCUUGCAGGAGCCACCAAGCGCGCCAUCACAACAUCAGUCACAUCUCGCAGACAUUGACAGGACAUACGGCCGCAUCCGUACUGCUUACACCUCCAGCGCCAGCCACGCCGCGCUCGCGGCCCUCGUCCGCGCCCACGCAGCCAGUCACGCCCCCAUUAGGCGCGCCAUCUGCCUCGGAAAUGGGCCCCUUCACGCCCCCGAUUCGAGCUGGGACAGGCGGCGGGCCGCCAACAUCCAGACCGUCACGUUUCUCGCGCUCGUCGAGCUCUUGACCGGCGACUUCGUCGUCGGCGGCGGCAGCAGCAGCAGCAGCAGCGGUGAGAAGAGGCCAAGGAUCCGUUGCAUCUUCCAGGAACCCCUCUACACCGCUGCGGACCGGGCCUACCUGACCACAACGCUGGGUUGUGAAGUCGUCGACGACCCGGAGGCUCUCGCGCACGUCACCGAGGACUCGCUAGUCUGGGGUGUCCACAUGUAUCAUUCUGUCUACGGCGACAUCUUGCGCCGAGUCCCCGAGCCGGCCAUGCUUGUUGGCACGCCGUGGGACGUCUGGGAUGCGCUGCCGCCGGACGAGGAUGGGCGGGUCGCCGAGUCGCUCAAGGGCCUGGCCAACAUGGAUGCAUCGGCCGGCUAUGACCUUUUCGCAUUCCCGCAGGACGAGGGGCACUUCACCUUCUGUGACACGGGGAUAUACUGGAGGAAAGAUAGAACAGCGGAUAGAGGAGGGAGCCCGCUUAUUGCAGAACCGUCUACAAUCGAGAAUGACGGCGCUACUGGUCUUCCUGAGAAGAAAACUCAGGGGUAA